CCAUUGCGAUUAUCGAGCUUCCAACUCAUCGCCCAGCGUGCAAUUCGUAGCAGGUUCCAUCUCGGUGCGUUUGCAAUCGACUUCCGACAACUCCACCCGGUUGCGACAACUCGGUCCGACACAAGGAACUCUGCCGCUUUGCGCGAUCUUGUCCCGACGCCCAUUCCUCGUCCCGCGCCCGCACGACCAACGUAAAGCAGCCAGAAGCCGCAUUGAUCCUUUGACAGCAACGCCAUCAGGGAAUCCAAUCGGAUACGCUAAACAAGAAAAGAAAAAGAAGGAAGUGCUAUAGUAUUAAGAAAGGUUUGAGCGAUACCACUGGCCUCUUCCUAUCUCCGAGAUCCAUUCUCCCAAGCCUUACGCCCGCCUUCACAACCCGUCCUUUUCCAUCACGAGUCAUUCCUCUUUCAACUCUAUUCCGAACAUUGCACCGCAUCUUGCUGUCUCUUGGGACGUUAUCAAGACUACCUGGCCUUCCGCGCAUCACUAUCACUCGAGUCCCAGCCCAACAUCUCCUGGAACAGGUCCGCAGAGAUAUCUCUCCAGCCCUGCGCCGCUUCUUUUCCAAGCCCAUCGCCUCGCGACACACUUUUAUAUACACAAGUCACAUCACCAAUCUUGCUCCGACUUCACGACUUCACUAUCCGACUCCAGUCACUACACACAGCACGUUUUCCAUCCCGAAAACCCCCUGAGUGUAGAUACAGACCCGAACAGAAUAAAAGAAAUAGUGCCUACCGACUAGACUUAUCUAUUACCAAGUCCAAACUCUGUGAUAUAAAUUUUACUCUUCAAAAUGCCUUCUUCUCCGACACAAACGACCCAAUCGACCAAGCGUCCGCUUGAGGAAGCUUCCUCUCCUUCGAGAGCCACAGACCAGCCCGAUGCCAAGCGCCCUGCUCUCGAUAAGGUGGUAAAGACCGACGAGGACGACGUGGAGACUACUGAGCCCAAUGCGCGUGCCUCUGCCGAGCCCGAGGAUAAUGGCGACGAGGAGGGUACAAACGGUGCCCAAGACGAAGCUUCCGAGCCAGCCACUGCUGAUGGCGAGGCCAAGGCUGGAACUGCCGCCGUGCCAUCCGACAAUGCAGUCAACUCUGCCGCUGCGCAUGAUGAGACUGCUUGGAUUCACAUCCGCGCGGUUAUUUCGAGCCCUGAGGCUGCUACUAUUAUUGGCAAAGGAGGCGAGAACGUCUCCAACAUCCGCAAAAUGUCCAAUGCCAAGUGCACUGUUAGCGAUUAUCAAAAGGGUGCCGUCGAGCGCAUCCUGACUGUUAGUGGUAUUGUUGAUGCUGUUGCCAAGGCGUUUGGAUUGAUUAUCCGUACUCUGAACAACGAGCCUCUCAACGAGGCGUCUACUGCUUCCUCCAAGACAUACCCCUUGCGCUUAUUGAUUCCUCACAUUCUCAUCGGCUCUAUUAUCGGCAAGGGCGGUGCUCGCAUUCGUGAGAUUCAGGAAGCUUCCGGCGCCAGACUUAAUGCCUCUGACUCAUGCUUACCCAUGUCUGGCGAACGUUCGCUAGUCGUUAUGGGAGUUGCCGAUGCUGUCCACAUUGCUACGUACUAUGUCGGCAGCACUCUUUUGGAGCAGCUGAACGAGCGCUUCGGCGGACCUGCUGCAUCUGCUUAUGCUACUCGCAGCGGUGCUCCCUCAGGCUCGAUCCCCGGUGGCAUGCAAGUCGUUCCCUACAGCCCGCAGCCUGCCUCUGGCCACUACGGCCGCAGCGAGAACUAUGGUCGCCACUCGGAACGCCGUGCACCUCUGCCACCUCCCGCGUAUCCUCCUCACUACGCACAUGGUGCUGCUCAGCCUCCACACCCGUCGAUGCCCAUCCACUACAGCGCUCAAGGUGCUGCCAGCGGUGGCUACGCGGCGCCUGCUCCGCACGCAGCGCAGCACAUGCCUCCCCAUACCGGUCCUCAGGCGCACGCUGCCCAGGCCCAGCCUAUGCACGCCGCUCUCCCCGGCGGUGCCGUGACGCAGCAGAUCUAUAUCCCCAACGACAUGGUUGGCGCCAUUAUCGGCAAGGGUGGUCAAAAGAUUAACGAGAUCCGCCAGCUGAGUGGCAGCAAUAUUAAGAUUAACGAACCGCAAGACAGCAGCAACGAGCGCCUUGUUACCAUCUCGGGCAGCGAAGAGUGCAACCGUAUGGCGCUGUACAUGCUAUACUCUCGUCUUGGCGAAGCUCAGAACAGAGCCACUGGCAGCGGCUAAACUAAUGCCCCAUGACAACUAACAAGAUAGAUAUCGAUGUAACGAAAUACGGCUUAACCAUGGGCCAGGAAUAACAAAAAAGCGAGGCUGUCAUGAGAGUAAGGAUGGUGUUGUUGUUAGCUGGCAACAAUGGCUGGGUUUCUACUCGCUGUAAAAGGUGCAUUCUCUUUUGGACGGUGUUUGCUGCUGCCAACGCCGAGAUGGGUUAUAUUUUACUUUUUGUGUCUGGUCUUACUCUUUUUCUUAUUUGUACUGUUAAAUCUGGGAAAAAGGUUUCUUUGCGUUCUUUGAAAGGAAAACGAAAAUCAAAUCAAAUUAAAGCUAUUUCAACAAAAUA